GACCUGCAACAAAACAACUCCAUAGAAAGAGGCAUCUUCAGAACAAAGAUGAACAUCGGGAAAGCUUACAGUGCCUUUAACAUCAGCAAUGGAACAGAUUUAGCUAUUGGCUUUGCCUCUUCCACAGUAGCUGUCCUUCUGUUUGGUACAAAUUUUGUGCCUGUUAAGAAAUUUGAUACUGGUGAUGGAAUGUUCUUCCAGUGGAUUCUCUGUGCCUCCAUAUGGCUAGUGUCUUUGGUGGUCAAUUUAAUCCAGAAUUGCCCCCGAUUUUGGCCUCUUGCUAUGGUUGGGGGUUUUGUGUGGGCAACAGGCAAUGUUACAGUUGUCCCUAUUGUUAAAACUAUUGGCUUAGCUCUUGGUCUUUUGAUAUGGGCUUCUUUUAAUUUGCUGACAGGUUGGGCAAGUUCAAGGUUUGGUUGGUUUGGAAUUGACCCAGAAGAGGUAUCAAGACCAGUCUUAAAUUAUAUUGGAGCUGGACUUUCACUAUUAAGUGCUGUCGUAUUUCUUUUUAUAAAAACUGAAGUCCAGAGUUCUUCAGCUUUAUUAGAAAGCACACCUUUGCUGAGAGAAAGUUCUAUUAAUGCUUCUGAAGAUACCUCUGAUGACUCAUGGGUGGACAGCCUUUCUCCAGCAAAAAAGAGAGUCAUAGGAUGUAGCCUGGCUGUAGUAGCUGGAAUACUCUAUGGUUCCAGUUUUGUACCAGUACUUUACAUCAAGGACCAUGGAAGAAGAAAUGAAACUAUAUACACUGGAGCAAGUCAAUUUGAUUUAGAUUAUGUUUUUGCACACUUCAGUGGAAUCUUUCUUACAAGUACCAUCUACUUUUUGAUCUACUGUGCAGUCAAGAAAAAUAAGCCUAAUGUUUAUCCUCAAGCUAUAUUGCCAGGGUUUGUUUCUGGUGUGCUUUGGGCAAUAGCCAGUUGCUGCUGGUUCAUAGCCAAUCACUAUCUCAGUGCUGUGGUCAGCUUUCCAAUAAUUACUGCAGGUCCUGGCCUUGUUGCUGCAAUGUGGGGAGUCCUUGUAUUUAAAGAAGUCACGGGACUGAAAAACUACAUGUUACUCUCAGUAGCAUUUUGCAUCGUUUUGGCUGGAUCACUCUCCACAGCUUUUUCUAAAGUUUGAGAGGAUUU